AUGUUCAUUGGCACAAAAUCAUCAAAAAGUAAAGGCCCAUGUUUAUUUGAUAUUCGAAUAAAAAGUGCUGAUCAUAAUGUUAUUCUUUUAAAAGGUCCUCCUCAUAGAGCUUCAUCAGCUCUCUUGACAGGAACUGUGGUUUUGUCUGUUUUAGAACCUAUUCAAAUUAAAAGUAUGAAUCUAAGGUUGCAUGGGAAAGUUCUAUUGAAUAUCUUAGUCUCUAAAAAUAAAGACCAGCCGAGAUACAAUAAGUAUGAAAAACGUGUAUUCGAUCAUAGUUGGGAUAAUUUCAAUUUUGAAACUUAUUUGGAUAAUCUUUAUGAUAAUUUCAAGAAUAAUAAUGCCACUCUUGAUACUUAUAACUCAAACAAUAAUUGUGGGAAUAACAAUAACUCUCUUUCCCUAGAUGGAAUUUUACCAAAUGAUGAUGCUCAAAGAAGAAAGCGUGCUUUGUCGACAGCAUCUUCAAAUUCGAUAGGUUCAUUCUUGGGCACAUCUCAAUCAAAUUAUCGUACAUUAGUAAGAGGAAAUUAUGAAUUCCCAUUUAGUGUCAUCUUACCAGGUACUUUGCCAGAAACUGUAGAGGGUUUACCGAAUGCAUCCGUUGCUUACACAAUGCAAGCUACGAUUGAAAGAUCAAAAGGUUAUUCAGAUUUAACUUGUAAAAAACAAUUCCGAGUCGUUAGAACAAUGGCACCAGAUAGUGUUGAAUUAUCUGAAACUGUUUGUGUAGAGAAUUCAUGGCCUGAUAAAGUAGAAUAUUCUAUCUCCAUCCCGGCAAGAUCCAUCGCUAUUGGUUCUUCAACGCCCAUUACAAUUAAAUUAGUUCCUAUUUUAAAAAGAUUAAGAUUAGGUCCCAUUAAAGUUACACUAAUUGAACAUGUUCAAUAUAGAGGAUCUUUUGGUUCUGUUAAUAAUGAAGAAAGGACAGUUUUAAAAAUGAAAAUUAGAGAUCCUUUAGGUCAUAUGAAAGAAAUUUUAGAUGAAGAAAAUGGUGUUAAAGAAAAAUUGAAAAAUGAAGAUAUUGACCCAUUUCAAGAAAGUUGGGAAAUUGAAGCUUUGUUGAAAUUACCAAAUGAUUUAUCAAUAUGUACACAGGAUUGUACAAUCUUGAAAAAUAUUAAAGUUCGUCACAAAUUAAAGUUUGUAAUUUCUUUGGUAAAUCCAGAUGGUCAUCUUUCAGAAUUAAGAGCCAAUUUACCUGUUCAAUUAUAUAUUUCUCCCUUUGUAGCGUUGACUGUUAAGAAUGAUAAUGAAACAAGAAAUUAUAGUAAUCCAAGAUCUGAUUCUCUAAAUUCAAGAGAUGUUAAUAGAAACACAAGUAGUUCGAGUCUUGGAUAUUUCCCAGCAUCAAAUUCUUUUACAAAUUUACAGAAUAAUAAUAUAUCAAGUAUGACUCCGACAUUUUUAGAUCCAAAUAUUGAUAGACCAGACAGGAGUGAACUUCUUUUUGCAAGAUCUGCUUCAAACGUAGAAUUGGCUGUUCUAUCGAAUUCUACAAGUAUGCCCAAAAUGGCAGAUUUAUUAGCUCCACCAAAUUAUGAAAGUCAUACACAUGAUAGAUUAUGUGGUAGUAAAUCAAACUUAGCAGAUGGUGAUAUUUCCGGCAUAUCAUCACCAAAUAGGACAAGCUUCAUUCAAGAUACCACUCUAGAUACAUUGAACAGUGCUGUUCCGAUUGAUUUUAAUAGAUUGAGCAUGCUAAGUAAUACAGACGUUCAAGAUGCAUCCAUACCAAGUACUCCAGGUAUAAUAAUUGAACAAUUUAAAAAUCAAUCAUCGCAUGAUUUGCCAAACGGAAUAUCUGAAUUAAAUUUAAGUGGGCAUAUUUAUAAUAGCAAUGGUAUUAAGACAAGAAGCUCUAGAGCCAAUUCUGCAGCAUCUCAACCUCCUCUUUCUUUUUCUCCCAAGAGAAGACGUGAUGAAUGGGAAAUAAAUACAUUAAGUAGGGUACCUUCAUAUGACAUUGCACUUACUAACGAUGAAGUUGCAAAUGAUUUACCACCUGCGUAUCCCUCUGAUGAAAGCCUUCCGGGAAUGAAUUCAACUCAGUUGGAAAGGCCUCAGUUGAUACAUCAUAGAUCUGGAUCUUUUAUCUCCACUAGUUCAAGCCGACCAAAUUUAACAGCUCUCAAUAAGAGUAAUAAUAGCUCGUCUGUCUCUCUAGUAGAUUUAUCGAGAACAUCAACUACCAACAAUAACAAUAGUUCCAUUAAUCAUUCUAAUGAUAAUUCAAAUAAUGGAUUUAUGAAUAGCACUAAUAAUUCGAAUAAUUCGAACAGCAAUAAUACUACUAAUAAUAAUGGAUUUUUUCCUGUUGUUUCAAUGGGUACAACUGUUUCACUAUCUUCUGCUCCAGUUCCUGUACCAUUAACUAGUUUAGCUCCCCCAAAUCCGGGCUUUAAAGGUAAUAGCCAUUAUGGCAUGAGUUCUAACUCACAGCAACCUUCGGAUUUUGCAGAGCAACCCAAUAAUCAGAUGCAUCAGUACCAGCGAUCUUCUAUUAGUGCUGUUGUUAAUCGACAACGCUCCACCUCCAUUGGUAGUACUUUUAAAGGUAUUUUUACCAAAAAAUAA